AUGUCCGCCCUACUGUAUGUGCGAGGGUCGCGAUCCCUUAGCACGUCUGCGGCUCGACUGUCCCCCGCUAUCCCGACUCUUAUCGCCUCCGCCUCCACCACCGAAGCCAGUCCGAAGCGCUCUGUUGCCGUCGACUCGAAUGCCUCUCCCUCCUCCUCCUCUGCGCCAGCUGCGUCGCCUGGCGCUUCAGAUGCCGCCCCGAACACUGCAGCAAAGAAAUACACGCGUGGUACAUUGUAUGGUACCACGCAAGAGCCUGCCAAGGACUCGCCUGCGCGCAGCACGACAGAGGGCCUGGGGCUCUUGUCGCUUGCCCUCAAGGAGCGCAAGGCGGCACGCGACGAGAGACAUCUUCGCAGCAUUGCGCUCGCCAAGACCGAGCUCUACGUUCCGGCGCCAAAGGUGUACACCCAGAAGGGUCACAUGGCCGGUAUCCUCGCGCAGUACGAGGAGCAGAACCGCACUGCUACUACGUCGUCGACCGAGUCAGCUGUGCCGACCGUCGCACCCACCUCCACGAUUGCACCUGCUGCCGCACGUGAGCCCAUUCCGAAAUUGGAACGAUUGGCAACUCCCCCGACUCCCCCGACAGAAGAGCCUAGGGCGCCGUCAACCAGGGAGGCGAUCAUCCAGUCUGCCAUGUCGCCGCUGAUGGACGACCUGGCGGACCCAUCCGAGUCGCCCUCGACCAACGACACCGAGGAGCAGCGAGGACCUGCGCUCAAGGAACUUGAAGAGCUCUCGGACGAGGACUUUGAGGCUGCGUUUGCCAGUUUCGAGUCGUUGGUGGUCCGUGACCGUGUACUGGGUCCCGACGUGGAUGAGGAUCCCAAGGCCGCAGCGGCAGCGAUCCGCAAGACAGUGCUGGCCAGGCGAAAGGCCUCGCGGGAACGCUCCUGCCAGCGCCGCGUCAAGAAGGAAGCCGCACAGCGAGCAGAGGGCAAACAUGGAGCUAAACCUGAAAAGAAAGCACUCGCCAACGCCAGAAACGCUAAAGCGAAUGUCGUGAGCGCCGUUCCCGUCAGCCAAGAAGUUAUCGAUCUCAACGUCCCCGACGAGCGCGCCAAGGAGGCCAUCCCGUCAAGAAACUGGGCUGCGCUCAUGACAAAACACGAUAACGCGGAACUGUCACCCCCAUUGGCGCAGGCCACAAAUCCUGACAGUCCUGCUGCCACCAACGAGACGACGGAGGCACCGGCGGCGCUCGAGAGCUUGGCGGCAGCUUCCGAGAGCACACCACGGAAUGGGACUAGGCUCGCUACGAAGGCAUUUAAGCAGCCCUCUGGACACGUUGUGGGACUCGCGAGAAACGUAACCGAAAGCAACGCCAACCCUAAGAUGACUGGCGGCAUUGUUGACCGCAACGAUAAGCCCAAUGUCAAGCCCGCUAAGCCCGCUGUCGAGCCUGCUGACAACACCUUCCAUGGACUGAACCUCAACAAGCUCCCACGGCUCACCGAGCGCAAGGUGGUCCUCGUCCCCGCCGAUUUCAACGAGACAAUCUCGGUGGCGCGAGAGCAUUGGCAUGUCGCCUCGGACCAAGGUUAUUUCACUGUGCGUGCCGCCUCGCGCAAAGUUCUCGCCUUUGGCGGUUUGGGCAUGAAAGAAGAGGCGCGGACAAAGGCCGAACGUGAAGCGUGGCAAGUGGCCGUCGACGCAUUCUUGGCGAGUAAGGCGGCCGGCGAGGUUGUGCUUCCCAAAGUGGUCUCCAAGCAGCCGUUUCGCUUGUUGCUCAGCCAGGUUCCACGGAAAUCUCCCGGUAAGGGCGGCAAGGAGGACGACAAGGGUGACGAGGCUGUGACCUCGGCAAGCAUGGUUCAAUGCUACUUCAGCGCGUCGAAAUCGAAUGUCUCCAAACUGUCCGUCGAGCGCCGUCAUGUGCGUAACCGUUUUAUCCAAGCGCUGUACAUUGUCGUCAACCACAUCGACCCCGAGCUCGUCAAUCCCGACUUUACAUAUGCCUUUGCCCUGAAAGACGGCAUCUACGACCUGCCGCCCGCCGACCUCUGCACAAGGAUCCAUCACCAACUGCAAAAGCUGUCUGCGUUCACAAAGGACUCGAACCGCAGCCCGAGCUUGAUUACUGAGGGCUCGACCACGGCCACGUUCUUCUCCAACCUCCGCCGCCGCGGCCCGCAUGGACGAAAGAGCGUUGAAGAUGGAGGCGACGGAGGAGAAGAAGGGUGGGAGACAGACGUCAAGACACGAGAGCGCCGGGGGUAUUUGGGCAAGAGCUUUGACCCGAAUUUCAAGCACGUGAGGACCAAGGAGCCACGUUCUCGCGCAAAGGUUCUGUCCGCGAUAGAAUCCGGGUGUGGGCCGUUUCCCAGCGAUACAAGCGACAGUCGUUCGCCCAUCUUUAUGCGUCUGCUUUUGCAACCAGAUGCCCCUCGCUCCGACCCACCGCCUCAGAGUUAG